GCCUCCAGAGGUCAUUCUCACUACAGUUGCCACUUGUUGCCAAAGCAGCUCGAGGCUCCACCAUUCAACACCAAACUGAUUUCAAGUAUUUAUUCAGCCUAACUAUCGAGACCGACAUAUUUGGAUGCUGAAUGCGGAACGUGGCCAGGACUGAAGGAAGACUCGCGUGAUCCGGUAGAUAACAUUUCGGCGCAUCCGACGGAGAGAAGCAUGGUUGAUAACGCAAGUAUAGCAACUAAAUCUGCUUUGCAAGGCUCUUUCUCGCCCGCCAGUAGCAUUCCCAUCCCGGCUCCCUCCGCCUCCUCUCACAGCGCCUUCCCCGGCGUCCAGUCCCAGCAGCCCGCCAGCGGCGGCAUGAAGCUCGAAGCGGUCAUGGAAAACCUGCAGCGGCAACAGGCAGCGCGGCUGGCCCUGGAGGAGAAGCUCCGGCAGGCGGAGACAGAGAAAGACCUCCGCUCCAUGGUGGAGUCGCAGAUACACCAACAAGCGCUGGCUUUCCGCCACUACCAGGCGGCGAUGCGCGGCGCUCUGGCCGCCGGAGUUGCCAACUCGUCCCUCCCACACAUGGAGGUCCGCAGAGCCGCCGAGGACGGGAGCUCCUCCAGACCGGGCAGCCACGGUAAGGAACGGGAAGAGGAGGGAGACGACAUGGAGGAGCAGGACAUCAUGGAUGAAGAGGAGGAGGAAGGCGAAGAUGAUGUCGGGUUGAACCACUACCAGCACCGGGCGUCCUCGCUCCAGGGAGCCGGUCUGCCUCCGAAGAGCAGCCCGAUGCAUCUCAUGGCCAGAGCCCCGGCGGCCUUUGCCCCGGCCCGCCGCGCAGAGUCUCCCUCGGCCCCGCAGCCCCAGCACCACGACUGGACCUAUGAGGAGCAGUUCAAGCAGCUGUAUGAAUUGGAUGAUGAUGAGAAGCGCAAAGAGUUUCUUGAUGACCUUUUUACUUUCAUGCAGAAACGAGGGACUCCAGUGAAUCGGAUUCCUAUCAUGGCCAAGCAGGUGUUGGAUCUCUACAUGCUCUACAAGCUCGUCACAGAAAAAGGCGGCUUAGUGGAAGUCAUCAAUAAGAAAAUAUGGCGUGAGAUCACCAAAGGCCUUAACCUCCCUACCUCAAUUACCAGUGCAGCUUUCACUCUCCGAACACAGUAUAUGAAGUACCUCUACCCGUAUGAAUGUGAAAAGCGGGGACUGAGCUCCCCCGGGGAGCUUCAGGCAGCUAUCGACAGCAACCGGCGGGAAGGCCGUCGGCAGAGCUACGGCUCAGCCAUCUUCAGCUACUCCCCCGUGGGCACCCCCACCCUCCUGUCCUCACCAAAGAUGCACAUGUCCCACCUGUCUCUGCCCACGCACAACAGUGGCCAUAUCUCCCACGUGCCUGUCAUCAAGAAAGAGGAGUCCAUGAUGGCCAGCUGCCUGCCCAGCCGGUUGGCCCUCCCCAUGUCACCCAGCGGCCAUCAUGCAGCAGCCGUGGCCGCUCAGGCAGCCGCAGCCCAGGCUGUCCAGGCCGCAGCCCUGGAACAGCUCAGAGAGAAGCUGGAGAGUGGUGAACCACCAGAGAAGAAGAUGAUGAUGGUGGCAGAGGAGCAGCAGAGGAUGAUGCAACACGCCCUGCAGCAGAACCUGCUGGCCAUGGCCUCGCAGCUGCCCCUCAACAUCAAACUCAACAACAGAGAUGAUAGACAAGAGACCGCAUUGAACCUGUCUACCAACGGCAUUAGCAGCAUCAACAUGUCAAUAGAAAUAAAUGGAGUUGUCUACACAGGCGUCCUAUUUGCUCGGCAGUCGGCCAUCACAGCGAUGGCGGGACACCGUGGGAGACACAGCAGCUGUCAGACUCAGGGAAAGAGCAGUCCCACGCAGUUCCAGCCCUCCUGCUCCUCCUCCUCGUCCUCCUCCUCUUCCUCGCUCCACGGACACAGAAACUCCCCCUGAGUUUCCUGUCCCUCCUCCCACCCCAGAUCCAUUCUCUCCUCAAAGACACAAAGCAGUCGGAGACAUGUCCAUCGUUGUUUUUCAAGGUGGCUUUCUCUCCAUCCACUCGAUCCGAGUCCUUGUAGGUCAGCUAACGUCACAUUGAAAAGCAGCAAAUAUAUUUACAGGUGAGAUAUAUGUUCCAGUUCCCCUUCCCCCCCCCACUCUCCCUGCUCUGAAUCAGCAGUGUGUUCCGAGGACAUUUAACCUUUGUGUGUUACUAUUGUCUUUCACAUCGUCAAAGACGUCUGUUUUACGUGAAGCACUUCCGAAAGCAUGGUCACCCGUCAGCUUCAGGUGCAACCUGGAUGAAUCCGAACCAAGACUCCCUCUUGUGCACCAUUUCAAAUCAAAAGAGGAGGCAGCUGAACAGCUAACCUUCAACAAGACAUGACGUCUGAUGAUGAUGUUUAAAGGCUUUAUGACAGACCUCAGAAACUCACUGCUUACAGCUGAUACCAAAGAAGAAGACCAGUCUUUACUGGUUCAACAUGUCCAGCAUUUACACUGAGCUUUCACGACAAUGAUCAAACCUGAAGACUAGAGCCAGAACACAAACAGCACAAGGGAAAAUCAUCAUGUUUUCUGUAGAGAGGCUGUGUAGACUGCUUAACCAUAUGCUCUCAUGUUCCAUCGGACAGUUGCUUAAUAAUGUCUCAACUUAUAGCCGACAACAUGGCUGGAAAGAGUGAUGUAUGUGUGCAUCAAUGCAGCCUUGGAAGUGAGAGUGAAGAGUCUAAUAUGUGGAUUUCUUUUUUUUUCUUAAACGCAAUCAGCUCAGUCCACAGACAGUCAGCAACUUGUUGGAUGGAUAACUAUAGCCAGGAGGCCAAUGGAACCAAGCAACUAAGAGUUAACACAUAGCUCUCUGUCCACAGGUAACAAACAGUAUGUCCCAAUCCCAUGUUGUAAAACUAAUACUAUACAUAUGUACAGUACAUUAUCAGGAUCAGAUUAGGCCCCAAGUAUUACACUGGAACACUACCCCACCCCAGGCUCGCUGUGUGUCAGUUAGUUUUGUACUAAUGAAAUUAAGCAUAUUUGUUUAAGGAUAUGUAAGCAUAAUUUCAACUCCACUAUGUAUUAAAACUACAUUUUCACGCAG